AUGUCGAAUCUCAAGAGAAAAGCGGCCUCGACAGGCAACGAGACGGAGGCCAAGAAGACAAAGGCCAAUGGCAGCAUUGCCUCCUUCUUCGGGGCCGUCCCAAAGCCUGCCGGCACCAGUGCUGUUUCUGCAUCUCCAGCCGCCAGGUUUGACAAGGCGAAAUGGGUUGAAGGCUUGACUGCCGAACAGAAGGAACUGCUCAAGCUCGAGAUUGAAACUCUUCACGACAGCUGGCUUGCAUUGCUCAAGGAUGACGUGACUACCAAGGAGUUUCUCGAAUUGAAGAAGUUCCUAAACCGCGAGACAGCGGCUGGCAAGAAAUGGUUCCCUCCAAAGGAGGACGUCUACUCCUGGUCUCGCCAUACCCCAUUCAACGAAGUCAAGGUCGUCAUCGUCGGCCAAGACCCUUACCACAACGUGAACCAGGCUCACGGCAUGGCCUUUUCCGUCCGACCGCCCACUCCGGCUCCGCCUUCGCUCAGAAAUAUGUACAUUGCUUUGAAGAAGGACUACCCCAGUUUCGUCGAGCCAGCGAAUAGGGGUGGCUUGCUGAUACCGUGGGCCGACCGAGGCGUAUUGAUGCUCAAUACAUGUCUUACCGUCCGCGCCCACGAGGCCAAUUCACAUGCCAAUCGUGGCUGGGAGCGUUUCACACAAAAGGUUAUCGAUCUCGUCGCCCAGAAGCGGACACGAGGUGUCGUGUUUAUGGCAUGGGGGACACCAGCCAGCAAGCGUGUACAAAAGGUGGAUAAACAACGCCACCUUGUGCUCCUCAGCGUCCACCCUAGUCCUCUCAGCGCAUCCAGAGGGUUCUUCGAUUGCGGUCACUUCAAGUCCGCAAACGAAUGGCUGGUUUCUCGAUACGGUGACGACGGCGAGAUUGACUGGGCUUUGAGGCCUGACAAUACUACCAAAAAGGCUGUCAAAGAGGCCCCCAAGAAAGAUUCCAAGGAGGACGCAGCGGCCUCCACGAACGGAGAGGGAAAGAAGACAAAAGCGGAAGACUCGGAAGAAGAUUCCUUGGAGAAGCCAAAGGGUGAUGCAAAGACAAACGGCGAGUCCAAGGCAAAGAAGCCCGAGCUCGAAGAUGACGAGGAUGUCGAUUCCGACGAAGAGGCGGCAUUGGAGGAGGCCCUUAAAAUUGCGGAGGAGCAGAUUAAGAACUAA